UUGACUGUGUCAGAGAGACAUGACAGGACCACUAGCUAAUGCAACCAUACAUGACACAUGAGGAUAAUUUAAUACAUUUAAUAAGUGUUUAAUCUGACAGGUGUUACGUGUCAGCCAUGCCGGUGCCAUCAAUGUAUGUUGACGUUGUUCCUAAGUGUGUUUAAGCUGUCGUGAGUUAGCCACCAAGGUACAGUAAGCUAACCUUAGCAAGCUAACAGUAGCUAAGCUAACAGUACAAGUCAAAGUUACCUUCACAUAGUUGUGACAGAAUUACGACGUAAAAACCUGAGUUGUUUCUUAUAUAACGUUGCCAAUAUGUUAAAGGCCAAUACAAAUACAUCUUGUUAAAUUAUAUUUUCAUAUGUAGCGAAGCUCAUUGAAAAAUUAGUCAAAUGACACAGUGAACAUACAGUGUACUCUCAUUGGAAAUGUUUUGUCAUCAGGAUAAAAACCUCUGAAAUUUGACUUAAUGACAAAAGCAAAAAGCCUUUUUUAUGAGCCGAAUGAAAGAAGUCGCCGUUUUAAGUAGAUUUUGUCGUUAUCUGUCACUCUUUUUCAAGAAGCUGUUGAACUUUGUCACAAUGCGACGACUUUUAACAAGAGUCAUAAACCGAGUUUUGCUGAGUGAGCCUUUCACACCAGCGAUGGGCAUUGAAGCAGAAAUACACACAGAAGGCCGACGAAGGCUGGUGGUGGGGCUGGGUAACCCGGGGAUGGAGGGUACCAGACACAGCAUCGGCAUGGCGGUGCUUGGUGCACUUGCCGCCCGGCUCGGCGUGGCUGACCGUUGGCGCGGCGACAAGCACGUGUCCGGUGAGGUCAUCGUGUCAGAGGUACAGCAAACACAUGUGGUGCUGCUCCGUCCCAGGCUGCUGAUGAACAUCAACGGGGUGUCAGUGGCCAAAGCAGCUGGUAAAUAUGGCAUCAAGCCUGAAGACGUCCUGCUGGUCCACGACGACCUGGACAAACCUCUGGGGAAAAUCGCCCUCAAACAUGGAGGAAGUGCCAGAGGUCAUAAUGGAGUCCGCUCUUGUGUGGACUGUCUUCAGGCGGAUGUGAUGCCCAGACUUCGGGUCGGGAUCGGCCGGCCGAUGGGGAAAUCCUCUGUGGAGCAGCACGUUCUGGGCCGGUUCUCCUCUGAGGAGAAGAAGGUUCUGGACUCUGUUCUGGUCCAGAGUGUGGACCUCCUCCUCCACCAGCUCUCCAAGCAACACUCCCAACAGGACUCCCAGCCCCCCUCCUCACCAGCAGGGGGCAGGCGGGCAGCACAGCAGAGGAAGGAGAUGGAGCGCUCGGCCUCUCCAGCUGAGAGCUCCGCUGCUGCUCAGAGCUGAAACUCAAAAGUCUCUGAAUUAAAAGCAUAAACCUGCACAGAGAGAUCUUUACCGAGGCUGUUUAUUCUCUGGUGUGAGUUAAAGGAGAUUAAUGUUCCUGCAGAGCACGAGAAUGACUCCAAACGACUGUCUUGAUUCUCCUUGAAACUGUGCAACAUACAGAAAGUUGAAAAUGAAUGAAUGCCACGAACUUCUCUAAAAACAGAGCUGCAGCUAAUUCUCUGCAUUGAGUUUUCCCACAGAGGAGGUUGUUUUCACUCAUAUUUGUCUGAUUGUUGGUCGAAACACUGCAAAGUAAAAUGUGGUGCAGCGCUCAGCCUCAGGCAGAACAAGUAGUGAUGUGUUGUUGGUGUGGAGCCUAGAGUCUGUUCAGGACAUUUAACAUUGCAAGAUGAAACAUUUUGUGAUUUUCUGAUUGAAUUCUGUACAUGGAUGUUACAGUAAUCCCAUGGUUGUCUGUCACUGUGUGUGUUGUGAAGCACACAGACGCAGAUUAAACAUCUCAAUGCAUUUAUUUGGAUUAAAAUUACAGAUUAAGAGCACUGCGCCCUUUGUGGAGGUAUGCAGAGGAGCGUGACUGAUGCAGCUUUUUCUGCAAAUUCAUGAUACAUCUGAAAGUGUCAGGAGUCUACAAAACAAAAACUAGAAAAAUUUUAAAGUAGGGUUACAAUCAUAGACUGAAAAUAAUGGUAAUAGCGUGGGGUUUGGUUUCAAGUUUCAGACUUCACCAUCUUGGUUUGUUGAAGCCAAAUUGAUCAUAUUUGUGCGAGACAAAACUGUUUUUUGAACCAGGCUGUAAACAUGUUUAUUUCUGUAACAGUGGACAUUUCAACAUGGGGGUCCGUAGGGAUUUACUGUGUUUUGGAGCCAGCCUCAAGUGGCCAUUCAAAAGACUGCAGCUUUUGGCACUUCUGCGUUGGCUUCAUUCUUCAGCCCCAGAGGUCGCCACUUGGUUACAAUAAAGAGGUCUGCAUGUAUUUAUGUAUUUGAACAUGCAGCUUGAAGGAGCAGUGUGUAGGAUUCAGAGGAUUUAAUUAACACAGUCUUGCUCCAAAGUCACCAGAAUCAAGUGCUUGGUCAGUGACUUCCACCAUCAAACAGUAAUGGAAGGACGGCUUUUUGCAUCUGUGUCUAACAGAUGAAAGUCCGACCAGGGCAGAUGGGAGGGGUGGUGAAUGGGUUCAACAGCCACUGACUUUCAGUGUACCCUUCCCGUGUGAUAGUAAAGCCAAAUCCUGUUCUUUUUUCCUAAACCCAACACAGUGUGUGUUGAAAGAAAAAAAAAAGGUCAAUUUGCAGUGUUGUACCAACGUAGUGCUUUUAUUUUGAAAGAGACUGUAUGCAAACUGUACAUUUCCUGUGAAAACAGAAGUGUAUUUUCAAAAACAGACAAUGCAUGUAACAGGCUGAAGUUGACACGGCGUCCCAGAACAUCAACAACCAACACACCCAGGGUACCUUGGACGUCAUAUGUGGACGUGGUCAGUGACCGAACAUCAAUAUGUGACGAGGCUGAAUUGAGACUGUUGAAUCCGUGGUGUCUGUCAGUGGGAAUUGCUGCACCCAGCUGAAACUUCUCCCGGUUAGAAUUCCGUCACUGUUCAUUGUUCAGGAGGUUUUAACCAGGAGCUGAAUUAUCCACAGAGGUUUCUUCUCUCCAAAGCAAACAGAAUAAAAACACUGAAUAAAACUGUUUCAUGAAACAAAUCAGUGUUUCUCCUACACUGUUCGUGACAGAGGAGCUGCUAAUUACAGUGGCCAAUGCAAAAACUUGAAUGGCAGUAUUUAAAGUCUUUGGUUUGUCUGUUCUGGCCUACUGUAGAAAUAUGAUGGACUCUGUAGACGAGGUAGUCUCUUACACAGACGCCGAUGACGUCAGCACGCUGGCUGACUCUGUCGUCUGUGGACAUUCCCACAGGAAAGUUGUAAUAGAAAUAGCGCUGGCUCCCAGCGGCAGUGAUGUGAUUGGAUCCAAAUCUGUGUACUUCCUCGACCAGUGGCUGAUUAGCUUUGCCUUACACCCCCCUACACUGGAAUUGCUGUUUCCCUGAAUUGUUGUCCGUAGUACAACACAAAAUAUCCGGUGCUUAUUUUUCGAUGACAGGAACGACUCCGAACAAAGUUUCUUUGGUGUAGUCGCCUGAGCCAUGACUGACCGCAUUACGAAUCUACAUCACAGUACUACACACCGGUAACCUGGUCUCUGUGUUUCUGGUCCGUCUCUGUUACAUGUAACACACGUGCUAUGGCAACACCGUCACAUGGUCUGGAUAUUCCUGCUCAUUUCCAUUACAUAACGAAAGACAAAUGUCCCUAGGCUCCCAUUCUGAAGUAUGUAGAUACCUCUCAGUCUGAGGUAAAACACAAUGAUUCAUAUUUCCAGGUGAUGAUACACUGAAGAAAACAUACUGAUUAUAUACAAUUUCUACCAAUAUAUCCCUCUUAAAUCCUACACACUGGACCUUUGCAAACAAAUCUGUGCGUAAGACAUACUGUGUUACUUAUUUUCCCAUAUACUCUGAUGGAGGAGCAUCUUAUA